UGCUUUUUAGCAUCCGCAGAGAGACUGCGGGCGCGUGGGGAGGGCCGUGGCGUGUUCUCACACUUUGGUUCUCUGAGCUUUACGUUUACCCGCUGGUUUCAGGAACGUGACUGGCAGCCUCUGGGAGGGGAGACAGGAUUCCGGCUCCGAAAGCACGGGUGAAAGAGGGGACAGCGCUUAGGCCCGGGGACGACUCAGUUUGAAGCAGGAGACUGCCCUAUCCCCGGAGGGCCUCCUUCGAGCUAUAGCCGGGACACCCUUCCCGAGGCGGGAAAUAGGGGCCUGUCCAUCUGAGAGCCCCUUCUGGAGAAGAUGACUGAAGACCUGCCUUUGCUUGCGGUGCAGGAGGCCCUGAGGAAGUGCUUUCCCGUGCUGGAGGAGCAGCAGGGCCUGUGGCAGAGCACUCUGCGGGACUGCCAGCCCCUGCUGGCCUCCCUCAGCAACCUGGCAGAACAGCUGCAGGCCGCGCAGAACCUGCGGUUUGAGGAUGUGCCGUCACUUCGGGCCUUCCCAGACUUACAGGAGCGGCUGAGGCGCAAGCAGCUGGCGGCUGGUGACGCUGUCCUGGACAAGCUGGCGGAGAGGCUGGCCACCCUCCUCAAGGUGCGUGACACGGUCAGCAGCCAUGUGGAGCGAGUGUUUCAGAUCUAUGAGCAGCAUGCAGACACAGUUGGCAUUGAUGCUGUCCUGCAGCGUUCAGUUGUGAGCCCCUCUGUGGCUGACAUGUUGGAAUGGUUACAAGAUAUCGAGAGACAUUAUCGAAGAAGGUACCUGAAGAGAAAGUACCUCCUCUCCUCGAUCCAGUGGGGAGACUUGGCAAACAUCCAAUCUUUGCCCAAGGCCUGGGACCGAAUUUCAAAAGACGAACAACAAGACCUUGUACAAGAUAUCCUACUGAAUGUUUCCUUCUUCCUGGAAGAGUAAGGAAGCUAUGUGUUUAUCUGGAGACCAGGGCCACCACAGUUGAAGACUGACAUCGCUGCACUCUGGUAUUUCUAGAGAAAUGCUAGUGUUUCAACCUGACAUAUUUGACUUAAUACCAAGCCUAGAACCUUAAGGACUGGAUCUCGGGAGGAUUUGUGCUUGAUGUCUCCAAUGUUGGAGCUUCUCUGUGCCAGGCCAUGGCUGAGAGUACAUGGGCCACCCCUUGCCCUUUUCUGAGGCUCAAGGAAAUGGAUGGAGGCAAAGAGAAAGCAGAGAGGAAAGGCGGUGUUGAGGAACAUGAUGCCUUAGUAUCCAUUAUAAGGCCCCAAGUGGCAGGGAAAGAAAGCACAGGAGGUAAAGAGUGGCACUGCCAUUGUGUCACCCAAAGUGCUGAGUCUGGUUGACACCAGCUCCUGGUUUUGUGUAUUUGUGUCAGUACCUGAAUCCUUGAUGAUGAGAAAGUGGUUUUGCUGAUUUAAAUAAAUUAGGGCGAUAUUGAUGGAAAAUAAAAAAAUUUUGGCCUGUGGUAAUAGCCCCUGUCAUCAAGCCAGUUUUGGUUUCCAGAGCCUGCCAGCAGGGGGAGGUGGUGCAGCAUGGAUUGUUCUGAUGCUUUGUCUCUGAAGAGUGUUCCCCUACUGCUGAUGCCCUCCUAGAGGACGCAGCUAGCAUUAGAGAUUCCCCAAAUGACAGGUUUUUUUUGGCCAAAUAUGGCAUCUGACUCGCCACAUUCCUCUGAGUGUGGUAUAGCUGCACAGGUGGGGAACACCAGCCCUGAGUUAGGCAAUCAGGGUUACAUUUCUGAGCCCAGUGCCUUCAUCUGUGCAAUGGUCAUGUUACUUUCAGACCAUGCAGCUUUCCAGGGUGUUGGAGAAAUCUCAGUCAUGGGGGGUG